CAUCGACAUCAGUCAAAACUUAUAAAAAUUUCCUUUUGACAGCAUUAUUAAUCACUUCCGCAUUGCAACGUUUUAUUAUAUCAUCUAUACUUGUUAAUAGAGAAAAAUGGAUUACUAUCAUCGAAAUUCAAACAGUCAACGUUAUUUCAACAGCUUUGACAAGUUUGAGCUGGAACUUCAAUUUCAAGAGCAACAAGAAGAAUUACGAAGAGAACUACAACAACGAUCAACACAGCAACUACUUGAACAAUCGUAUUACGAUAACUCCAAUAAUUAUAAGAACGCAGAUUUCGAUUACUAUAGGCGUACGUACGAAAAACCCCAACUGAUAACUAAUUUAAAUAACUUAAAUUAUCAAACUAGCAGCAACUAUAACACCAUUAAUCAUUCGAGUGCUAAAGAUAUUUUAUAUGAAUUAAAACAAUAUGAAAAUUUUGCAGCAAAUUCCACCAAUCAUUUAGUAUCAAAUCAUUAUGAUAAUCGACAUAAUGCGCAUAACGGAACGAAUUAUAGUCAAAAUAUUUUAAAUUAUAACAACAGUUAUUACAAAAUUAACAAUAUAAACAAUUAUAAUUAUAUAAAAUCAACUCAAUCGCCAACUGAAACAACAUAUCGUGAUCGUGAAGAAGAUAAGUGGAAUCGACCGCAAGAAAAGAAUACAUUAAAUGACAAAAUGGAACGUGAUAGUGAGAAUGUAGCUAUUGAAAGGAGUCAUUUGGUAAAAGAUCGAGAGGCAAAUGGACAUAAUGUAACAAUACACAAUUUUACAAAUAAUAACGUUACGAGCCAUACAACAGUUCAUGCGCCACAAUACUAUAACAAUGGAACUGAAUGCGAAGAAUGUUGUGAGGAACAAAACCAUCAACAAGAACAACAGCAAAACAAUUCAAAUCCAUUUAAUCGUUCCCAGCAUUUUACUCAGAUUGUAGCAGCUUUAGCAGUAUCCCUUGGUCCAUUAGCGGCCGGUCUUGGGAAAGGUUAUUCUAGUCCGGCAAUAGCAAGUCUUCAAGAGCUCCACAUCCGCAACCAACACACAAAUUAUUCAAGUUUUUCAGUAUCUGAUCAAGAAGCAAGUUGGGUGGCAUCGUUAUCACUGCUUGGUGCUUUAUUUGGUGGAAUGUUUGGCGGAAUGGCUAUGCAGCAUGGAAGAAAAAGAGUUCUUGCCAUUAUCUCUUUGCCAUUUUCUCUCUCGUGGAUUCUUACAGUGUUUGCUAAAUCCGUAGAAACUAUGUUCAUCACCGCAUUUAUUGGUGGAUUUUGCUGUGCGAUUGUUAAUUUAUGUACUCAGGUUUAUAUAAGUGAGAUAUCAUCACCCGAUAUUCGUGGAUUUUUAAGUGCCAUUCAGAAAGUUUCGGGACACUUGGGUAUGUUAAUAUCAUACAUGCUUGGUGCAAUCCUCGAUUGGCGUCAACUUGCCAUGCUUGUGUCGGUAGCACCGAUGAUGCUUUUUGUGACUGUGAUUUAUAUUCCCGAAACGCCGAGCUUCUUAAUGUUAAAAGGACGUGAUGAAGAUGCAUAUCGAUCCCUUCAAUGGCUACGAGGCCCACAUAAGAACGUUGAUGUUGAAUUGGAUACGAUACGUUCAAAUAUACGUACAUCGAGAUUAAAUAUUGACAAUAAUAUAAAUAGCAAUUUAUCAUCAACAAGUCAUAAUGGACUUCCAAUGAAAUAUUCUUUCAAAACAAUUGUAACAAAUGUAAAGUCAGUUCUCAGAAAUACUAGACUGAUUAGGCCGGUAAUGAUUACUUGUUCAUUGAUGAUAUUCCAAAGAUUCACUGGUGCCAAUUCUUUUGGCUUUUAUGCUGUGAGAAUUUUCCGACAAACAUUCACCGGAAUGAACCCGCAUGGUGGUGCAGUUGCUGUCGGUUUUGUUCAAUUACUUGCAUCAAUGCUGUCCGGAUUGUUAAUCGAUACCGUCGGACGUAUUCCAUUGCUCAUUAUUAGUAGUGUCUUCAUGUCACUUGCUUUAGCAAGUUUCGGCUCUUACGUACAUUAUGAUGAAAACAAUGUUACAGGAGGAAAUAACGACUGGAUUCCUCUUCUUUGUGUUCUAAUAUUCACAAUAGCAUUUUCUUUGGGAAUCUCACCAAUUUCAUGGCUUCUUAUUGGAGAACUCUUCCCACUCGAGUAUCGAGGUAUUGGUAGUUCAAUUGCUACAUCUUUCUCAUAUUUUUGCGCAUUUCUUGGCGUCAAAACUUUCGUGGAUUUCCAGGAACUUCUUGGAUUAGAUGGAGCAUUCUGGCUUUUUGCUUGCAUAUCAUGCGUUGGCUUAUGCUUUGUAAUAAUGGUUGUACCAGAAACAAAAGGAAAGGAUUUAGAUGAAAUGGACCCAAAAUAUAUGAGAACAAUAGUAAUAAAUCGAUGAGAUAUGGUCACACACGUAGAAUAUUUAGUUUAGUAUUUAGCUGAUAAUUUGAUCGCAAUUUAUUUCUCUCAUAGCUUUAGCGUACUUAAAAACGGCAAUGUGAAUAAGCAUGAAUAAUUAUAAAAGUUUUUUUCUUCUAUAACGUUAUUUUUGGUUCGUCAAUUUUUAAAUAUUGAGCCUGAAUAGAAAAUUGCAAUCGACUUGCAUUAUUCUUCACACGUGCUCAACAUGUUUUAACUCAUUGACGUGAUAAUAGCAGAUGAUAAUAAUGAAAUGAAAAUAAUAUGUUUAAUUCGUAUUACACUUUGACAAAUUAGAAAAUGAAAAUCUCUCAAAACAUUUCUUCUGCUCUUCUUUAUGAUAAGAAAUAUCUAAAUAAUUUUACUAAACGAAACAUCGUCAAUUUAAAUAGAAACGUUAGAAAUUGCCAUAAAGUUCAUGUACUGUAAAUAAUGUAGGGAUGUUCUCUUCCUAAGAAGUCUCCUAAUUUUCCAUACUUAUAAUUUUAUAAUUGCUAUAGAUCAAUAGCAAAAAAGGUUUUAGUAUUAUAAUCAAUUCUAACUUACCUCUUGAAAUCAAGACAAUAAUUCAGCAUGCAUAAAUAUUAUUAAGUUAUGCUUCAACAAAAAAGUCCAAAUAGUAUUCAUUUUUUUAAUCAAAAUUGUAAUUGCUCAUUGAAGUGUUCUUUUUUAAUCCAGACAUUUUUAUUUUUAAAAACAAAUAAUCUUUAAAGUGAU